GGGAAUUUUAAAAUUGUACGUUACAAUGUGUAGAUGGAAGUUUUCAGCCUUGUGACUAACACCCUGUUUCGAUUGGAAUUUUAAAUUCUUCUGUCCAUGGCUUCUACUCCUGGCAGUGCUAUACAAUCUGUGUGCGUUCCUGAUAACGUGAUUGGGAGUAAUGUCGUCCAUUGGAGAAUACAUCGGCGUCAACUUGUCAAUCCGUCGGUUUCUGUUUGCGAGCUUCUUGGGGACAUGUCCAGUAAGAUAGACAUUAAAGCCCCGGGUUAUGGAUGGGUAACAAAGAUAAAAGAUGAAGGUGCCAAAGUUACCGCUGGAUGUGUUCUCUUUAACUUCCUUCCAUGCACACAUCAUGUUGUAAUGAAGGAUUUGUGCGCCGAAUGUGGAGCGAAUUUACGCAGGGAAGGAGGGAGUUCAGGUGAGAGGAUUACUGAUGCAAGUGCUAGCAUACCUAUGGUACACACGAUACCGGAACUUCAUGUCAGCGAAACAGUUGCAGAUGAAAUAGCUUUACAAGAUCAACAAAGUUUAUUAGCUGCUCGAAAACUUGUCUUGCUCGUCGAUUUAGAUCAGACCAUAAUUCACACAACAAACGAUCCACAGGCCUUCCAAUAUGGGAACGUUCAUCGUUAUUGCUUGCCAGGAUCACCACUUGUUUAUCAUACUCGAUUAAGACCUCAUUUAGAAGAUGUGUUAGAUCGUCUUAGUUACUAUUAUCAAAUGCAUAUUUGUACAUUUGGCAAUCGUGUAUAUGCUCAUCAACUUGCCUCACUGAUAGAUCCAAAGCGUAAAUACUUUUCACAACGUAUACUUUCACGGGAUGAAUGCUUUAAUCCAGUAACAAAAUCAGCAAAUUUAAAGGCCUUAUUUCCUCGUGGUCUGAAUUUAGUUUGUAUCAUUGAUGAUCGUGGUGAAGUUUGGGAUUGGUCUCCGAAUUUGAUCCAUGUCAAACCGUAUCGUUUUUUCCCUGAUAUUGGAGAUAUCAACGCUUUCCCAUGGUUAUCAAUGCAGUCACAACUUGCAUGUCAACCAUCCACAUCGUCAUCCCCCUUGCUCAAAUCAAAAACGCAAACACUUCCUGAUACCCAGUUAAACCAGGAGAAAGUCGAUGUGAAUGAAAAUGUUUUAUCAGAUGAUAUAAAUGAGACUGUUACAAACAGCGGUGAUUUAAUUAAUGACAACACCACAAUUAAUACAGCCACCUCGUUUACUAUCUCAAAAAGUGAAAUGGAGAGUGAUAGUAGAGAUGGUAAUCCAGUUCCCUCUGAAAAACAAGAUAUUGACUCUUGUAAGUUAGAUACUUGUCUUGAUGAAGAGUGUUCAUCAUCAAUAAUUUCCCCUACACCUUUUGUUAAUAAUGAAGACAAAACUGACAACAAUACCACAACAGCUGUUUCGACAAAUGUUAAUACUCCUUUAGACAGUAAUAACGUUAAUACAGAAAAUCCAAAUGAGAUUGUUAUACUUUCACCUACAAAGACAAUGGAAGAAGAAAUGGAUGCACUAGAUGAUGAUUAUUUAUUACGUUUACAAGAAAUCCUGUUAAGGAUUCAUAGAAAUUAUUUUAAAACUUAUGAUCUUUAUCAGCAGCGUAACAGAAAAAAGUCUAUCAACAAAUCCGUUGAUGAUAAGAGAAAGCACAGUGAAUAUUCGGCAGACCCAUCAUCAUCAUCAUCGUCAUCAUCACCUGUCAUGGAUAAUUUGUCCAAAUCAUCCUCAACUAGAAAUACAGAUGUAUCUAUUUCGUGUAAUAAUUUACCGCAUGUUUCUGAUAUUAUCGCAAAGUUAAGAAAAACUGUUCUCGGUCCAACAUGUCAUGUAACAUUGUCUGGUCUGUCACCUGCUCAUUUUCCUGCUGAUCGAUGUUUAGCUGGUCGAAUUGUGCGUAGUUUAGGCUGUAUAUUACACGCAGGUUUAAGACUACCGUCUAGCAAGCAAGUUAACAAUGACGACAACAACAACAACAGCAAUAAUAAUGAAAAUGAUAAGGAUACAAAGUCAUCUGCACCUGUCGAUGUUUCCCAAUUGAAAUCAGAUAGUGCUGUUCGUAGAGUUGGACAUCAUACUACACAUUUAAUUGCCUGUCGUCGUGGCACAGAAAAAGUUCAUGCAGCGUUAAAAUAUUUAGCUGAUAAUUUUCAGCUUACAAAUGUGAAUUUGUCACCACCAUCAUCAUCAUUUUAUCUUGUCUCUCCACAAUGGUUAUGGGCAUGUCAUUAUCAUUGGGAACAUGUCUCUGAAACAAAAUAUCCAUUAAAUCACGAUUUUCAUCCAAGUGAUUUUGAUCCUGAUAUUGAACCUAUUCCAGGUACAAUUAGAUAUGCUCGACGUAUGCGACGAUAUUAUAAUAAUCGUGGAUUUAAUUAUCUUCAUACUGAUCAUCAUCAUCAUCAUCGUCAACGUCGACAUCGUCAUCAUCAUCACCACCAUCAUCAUCAUCGUCGUCAUUCACAUCAUGAUGAUCAUCAUCUACAAAAUAAACAUAGCCAUAAGCACCAUGUACAUCAUCGACAUCAGCAUUCAGCUACAGAUCUUGAAUUGUGUUCCAGUAUAAACUCUGAAGUUAACCAAAAGGUGCCUUGUUUAGAUCCAAGUAUUGUUCGAUCAGCGUUGGAUUCAAUUCGUACAGAGCGUGAAAAUGAUCGUAAACGCAAGUUGGAAAGAAAGUCAAUCAAAAACAAGAAACACCAUAAACGUCAUCGUAAGGAAGAAUUAUCAUUUCGACACACUUCAGAGGAGACUACUUCACUGGCUGAUAAAAUAGGUCCAACGCCUCCUACAAAUAAUGACCAAGAAGAAGAGGUAUCUGGAAAUGAGAGUUCUUCGUCCUCUUCAUCUCCAUCAUUAAAAUCAGAUUCUUCUGUCGAAUUAGAUGAUAAGCAACAACAACAACAAAAUUCAUCGAUGAAACAAAUCAAAAUGAAUGAAAGUACUUCAAAAGAAAUUCCACUAACGGACUGUUCAUUUGAACAGUUGUCUUCCCCUGCUGAUUCGAAUGUCACCUGUCAAAUUGAUAUUUCAAACUGUUUUCUUUGGAGUGAGGACAAUUUUCAUCAAGCUGAUGAAAUUAAAGACGAAGGUGAUCAAGACUUCGAUGAGUGUACUACAGAGAAUUGUACUGAAUUAGAAGAGGAAGAAGCAGUAGAUGAGGAGGAAAAAUAUGAUGAGUUGAUGCAACAAUACACAGAAGACAAUGAUGAAAUGGGACUAUCAGAUUUAAUGAAGAAUGGAACAAAUGAAGCAGAGCAAUUGAAGGCUCAACUCAACAACUAUUUGCCACCUCCAACAAGACUAGUGUUGGCUGAUAAUCCUUUAAUGCAUUUACCUCCAGAUGUAGGAAGAGUUGUACCUUUUACUCUCAUACUUUUUCACUUUUAAAUUGAAUUUCUUUUUUUUUUUUUUUGAAAUUAGAAUGAUUGACUGGUUUCAACAUAGAACUUUGCACAAAUGUGUGUGCAACAGUUUGAGUUGCCAUUCUCCACUUAGCAAGCAAAGCAAAAGAAUAGAAUAAAGAUAAUGAAUAGAAAUGUGUGAGGGGGAAACGAAUAGUAAUGUGGAAGAAGAACUAUUGUUUUAUUAGAACGAGGAUUUUGAAACUUAUCACCAGUUGUUCCCAGCGAUUGGUGUUCACCGUCCCGAGGACCCCAACCAGGAAGUCUACACCUUCCUACGUGAUUGACUGAAACUAACUGUUGGGCAUUUCAUUGACUGAUGAUGAAGCCAUAGUUUGUUUUGACCACCACUGGCUCUUUUCCAACCUAGCCCUAUGUCAGGCUUGAUGUCAAGCUUUCCUUUCCUGUUCGCAUAAUCUUCUCCAUAUCACCUUAGGACACAAUUGUCUCUUCAGUGUGUGUCAAAUUUAUCCAUCUCCAUUUUCUUCUACAUAUUUGUUAGGUAAGCACAUUGUAAGCGCUGGUUGGCUGGCAGAGUUCCUUGUUACUUAUCCUUUCCGAUCAGUCAUCUUAUCUUCACUAUCGAAGCAGCGAAGACAGUUAUCGUCCACUGUCUGAGGUACAUAGAAACACCCAGUGGCUCGACAUUGGUUCAAAUAUUUAAGAUCUUGUGCUGUUGAUUUUCAUAUCAACGAGUGAAGUGUUAGAUCCUUGCGAAAAAAACCGUACAACAUUUAAGGCCAUCACAGUUAUCAGCAAUACACGAGUAUAAUUCGAGCAAUAAUAACAUAUGAGUUGGAUUUGCAAAAAGACAUGAAUCACUGACUUUUGGCUUUACUGACUGUGAAAUGUAAAUCUGAUUUCAAUCAGCUUUGGUUUCAUACAGAUUUAAUUUGAAUAGGUGAUAAAUCAACAUUGCUUUACUACUACAUUAUAUUGUCUUCCUAGCCAAGUGUUCUCACGGGACAAAGGUACAGGCGGAGAGGAAUGGGACAUACAAGUCAUUCAUACACACUGCAGUCAUAGUAACUCUGCCCCAGACACUUCAGUGCUGAACAGUGUGGUUUGGGUUUAUUUAUUAUUUUUCCUUCACGUUCCCCAGUGGAACAUAGGGCACCUUCAAGCUAGUGGCUUGAAGUUUCUGUAUCAGUGGUGUUUAUUAUUUUACAGGAUGGGGUUGCUAGCCUAAUGCCCAAGCUUCCCUCUUUACCAGGAUUAUUUCUGGCGUGGCGAGGUAAAGGAGUGCCUCGUCGGUGGCCUGGAAUCGAGCCCCGGACCAUGUCUGUCUGUUUUACGACAUAGAACUUUGCACAUAUGUGCGCUAGUUCAAGUCGCCACACUCCCUCCUUGUAGCACACAUAGCAAGAGAAGAAAGUACAAGAAAAGCAUAAUAGAGGGACAGUAAGCAGAGGUGUGAGACAAAGGAAAUAGUAGUAGCGAAGAACAAAACACACAGUUUCAUUGGAAAUCAUAAAUCACAAGGAGUGGAUGCAUCUGCGCCAGCCAUUACCGAGAACGAUUUUGAGCCAUGUCACCAAUUGUUUCCAACCAUUUGUUCUUACCGUCCCGAGGACCCCAACCAGUCAGGAAGCCAGUCUACACCUUUCUACGUGACUAGCUGGCUUAGACUAACUGUAGUAGAUUUCAUUGACUAGUGAAGCCAUGUUUUGGUUUGACCACAACUGGCUAGCUUUUUUCCAGCCUGACCCUAUAUCCGCUAACAUUGCUCGUCGGUCGAAGAAGGCGAUGACUAGGCAUACAUGAGUAACACAUGUCCUAACCAUCUCAGUCUUUGUAACUUCAUAACUUCGUCGAUUGAUUUCCCCCUCCUACCUUAUCUAGCACUCGACCGACGCUUAACCUCAAUAUUACUCACCUUAUUAUGCCACUUAGCACACACGGGAAAUAGAACGCAGGCACCUGUGAUCAAAGGCAGCUAAUCUUUUCAUGUCUUUCACUCUCAAUGGCCAGGUCUCACAGCCCGUCAUAAAGGAGGAUGGGGCGGACGGAUGAGCAGUAUACACACCCUUUGGUCGAUAGCCGGAUUUCUCGUCUACUAAGCCUGAGACGCAGUAAACUGGCAAAUGUGAAACGAGCCCCCUGUAUUCGUGCUGAGAUUUCGUCAGAGAUCAACCCGUUGGCGUUGGGGCUGAUGAUACUUCCCAAAUAAGAGAAGCGGUCAACGUGCUCUACCACUUCACUUCCUAUUUUUAAACUAGGCGUCGAUGUAGUCCAGUCCUGUAACAUCAUCUUGCAUUUGGCGGGAGCGGGUGGACCAUGUGCUUGGUCGGCGAGCGUCCUAACCGCUAUAUCACCGACGCACUGGUGGUGUGGGUUUAGUUCCCUGAAAGAGCUGUUUUUUGUAUAUUGUUUAAUUUUGUAAUUUUUUUCGUUGGGAGCAAAUAAACAAAAAUAUUUGUCUUAUAUGUAUAUUUGUUUUUUCAUUGAAAAAAAAACCCAACGGCAACAACAACAUUAGGCAACUGGUCAAAUGCUCGCAGAAAUCGAAGAUGCUGUUCUUGAGGAGGAAACUGAACGAGCCUGUUCAUUGCCUAGAGAAGCUGAGAUUUAUGAUCCUGCUGUUGGUAGUUUCGAUGAUUCAUCGUCCAGUGAUGAUUCAUCAUUUGAUAACAAUCAGACUUCAAUUCUUGAUAAACAAUCUAUACAACUGACGCAGAUGCAUAAACCACACAGUUCAAAGUGUAGAACUAUUCAACUAUCGAAGAAUCCUAUAGAUUCUGAUCGUAGAACACUAUACUGGCAGGUACAACGGGAGUUAUUAGUUCGAAGACGUCAUCGAGCAUCGCCUACAGAAACGGCAAAAAUUGAUCGUAAAAUACGUCGUCUAGAUCAAUGUUUUCGUAGAGAAGAUAGACGUCGACGAUCCUGUGAUGAUUUAGUGUUUGAAUCAUUCAGACAAAUCACUCCAGGUAACAAUGAUGGCUCCCUUUCAGAAUCAGAUAGUGAUUGUGAUUCAUAUGACGCAGAUUAUCCAAAGGGUUGGAGUCCUGAGGAACAAAUACGUGAUGCUACAAAGCUGAAUCUUCAAACUCAUAGACAGUGGUUUCCUAGAUCGUCACGUAAUCAUCAUCAUCAUCAUCACCAUCAGAAUAGAUCGAAUCGCUUAUCUGUAUCUCCAGCCAUUCAUUCAGAUCCCGAACCAACUAGUGGUUGGUGGCUCCAAGAUAGUGAAGAUACUGAAAAUAAAGAAUGGAACACUUGUCCGGAAGGUUAUGAUUAUGCCGACGCAGAACGUACUCGAGAGUUACUUUAUGACUCUAGACGUGAUAGAUAUGAAUCGUGUAAAUAUGACAGUAAUGAUGUGACUUAUAAGAAAAUGCGUCAUGGUAAUUUAACUCGUUGUCUAUUUGGUGCAGAUGACAAUCCAGAAGUGGAGGCAGAAGAUGAUGAAGAAGAUGAUGCAGAAGUUCAAGUUUCUGAUUUAUCUGUCGGUGACGAUUCAGGAGAAGCAGGCGAUGAAGAUGAUGAUGACGACGAUGAUGACGAUGAAGAAGAGGAUUUUACAAAUAAAUGCUGGGACCCAUUGAGAGAGUUCAUGUGAUCUGAUCACUAUUCUUUUUUGUCUGUGUAUUUGUAUAUAUCAUCUGAUCUCAUUUCCCUGAAUACUUUCUCAUUUAUCCACUAUUUAUGAUUAUUAUUAUCUUGAAAACUGAUAAAUAAAUAAAUACAAUUUGUUGAUAACACAAAUCACAUUUUAAAUCUAUUACCACCAGUAAGCGGAUAAUGUUCAUAUAUGUAGUUGAUAUUCAUAUCUAUUGAUAUGUCUCCAAGUAUGAAUGAUAAGCUAAACUACUGUUGAGUUCGAUGACCUUGUAGUGCAUAUCGGACCCUUAAACUUUUGUUUGAAUUCACUCACCCACCCACUCGUUUGGCACUUCUGCAUCUUUUGAGUUUUAACUCUGCUGUACACAUUCGGUUCGCUCUCCUGUUGUGCUUUCAUUCAGUGCACUCUCAGAGCCUACCAUCAAUCAAGG